AUGAACAUUGAAGCAUAUUUUGAAAGAAUUGGUUAUAAGAACUCGAGGGACAAACUGGACUUGGAAACAUUAACUGAUAUUCUUCAGCAUCAGGUUCAAGCCAUUCCCUUUGAGAACCUUAACAUCCACUGUGGGGAAGCCAUGGAAUUGGACUUAGAGGCCAUUUUUGAUCAAAUUGUCAGGAGGAACCGGGGUGGGUGGUGUCUCCAAGUCAACCACCUUCUGUACUGGGCUCUGACCAAGAUUGGUUUUGAGACCACCAUGUUGGGAGGAUAUGUUUAUAACACGUUCACCGACAAAUACAGCAAUGCCAUGAUUCACCUCCUGCUGAAGGUGACCAUCGAUGGCAGGGACUACAUAGCUGAUGCUGGAUUUGGACGCUCUUACCAGAUGUGGCAGCCUCUGGAGUUAAUUUCUGGGAAGUACCAGCCCCAGACGCCUUGCAUCUUCCGCUUGACUGAGGAGAGAGGAACCUGGUACCUGGACCAAAUUAGAAGAGAGCAGUACAUCCCAAACCAAGAGUUUUUGGAUUCUGACCUCUUGGAAAAGAACGAAUAUCGGAAAAUCUACUCUUUUACUCUUGAACCUCGAACGAUUAAAGACUUUGAGUCUAUGAAUACAUACCUCCAAGAGUCUCCAGCAUCUGUGUUUACAAGUAAGUCAUUUUGCUCCUUGCAGACCCCAGAAGGUGUUCAUUGCUUAGUGGGUUUCACCCUCACCUACAGGAGAUUCAAUUAUAAGGACAAUACAGAUUUGGUAGAGUUUAAGACACUGAAUGAGAAAGAAAUAGAAGAAAAUCUAAAAAACAUAUUUAAUAUUUCCUUGGAGAAAAAGCUUAUCCCCAAACAUGGUGAUAAAUUUUUUACCAUUUAG